UUGGUGGGUGUGGGCGCAUCCCAAGCUGCAGAUUCCAUUGAAAUGCCUUCAUUUCCACUUCUUGCAUCUGACACUCCCCACAAGCAUUCUCAGACGCUCUCCCACUAGAAAUUUAACAUCUGCAACUUUUCACGCUUUUCCGGUUGUCCUAGUCCGUUCCUCCCGCGGCCCCAUCGACCCUCUCCGGCCGCCAUAAUGCAGCCACCGCGAUGGGUGGCAGUCUUGCUCCUGCUCGCGGCGUCCGUGUCCGCACGCGUGGUGGCGGCGCACGUGUGUCCGCCGCUGGCGUGCGCGGCGACGCGGCUGGGGUACCUGUGGGACCACAACAACCAGGGCCACCUGGGGGAGGAGGAGCUGCAGGGCGACCUGCGCAAGUCGCAGCACUGCAUGCUGCUGUGCCGCCGCACCAAGGGCUGCUACAUCUGGAUGUUCCGCUUCAGCAGCGACGGAGCGUUUUGCCGCAUGUGGUCGCUGGAGCAGAGUCCGUGCAACGUGGACCCCAGCGACGGCGCGAACCCCGUGCACUACAACCCCACGCCGCCCUGGGAGGGCUUCUUCGGCUUCGGCGGCAACUGCUCCAGCGACGCCGACGCGCAGGGGCAGGCGCAGCAAGGGCCGGGACAAGUGCAGGCGCAGGGGCAGGGGCAGGGGCAGAUUCCUCAUGGGUACGGCCAAGGUCCGCCGCAGGGUCAAGGGCAGCAGGGACCGGGCCAGCAACAGGGGCAAGGGCAGUUCCAGCAAGGGCAGGGACAGGGACAGGGCGGUUCGCUGGGUUCAGGGCAGUUGCCCGCACCGGGUGGAGUGGUGUCAGGGCCGAGGGGGGGGCAGUGGCAGGGUGCACACGUGCAGGGAGAGGCGCAGGGGCAGGAGAAUGGUCAGGGGUGGCAGGGUAACAGAAGGCAGGGAGGGUGGCAGGGGCAGGGGCAAGGGCAAGGGCAGGGGCAGGGGCAGGGGCAGGAGCAGGGGCAGGGGCAGGGGCAGGGGCAGGGGCAGGGGCAGGGGCAGGGGCAGGGGCAGGGGCAGGGUCAAUUUCAGGGUGGGGUUGGUGGAGGUGGAGGGAAUGGGAGCGCGGUGCCUGCUGAAGACCCCACUGUGCCCAAGGAGUACUUCCUGCCCGCCAGAGGAGUCCCCACGGAGCCGUGUCCAUGGCUCAAGUGCAACGUGGCGACGCGCGGGUUCCUGUUUGACCACCCGGCGCGCGGCCACCUCACGGUCAUCUCCACCGCCACCAGCCGCCGCCGCCGCGCGCACGACUGCUGGAACACGUGCCGCAAGACGGAGGGGUGCGCCUUCUGGAUGUUCGAACAGGGCACUGCACCCUCAGGGUAUUGCAAGAUGUGGAACAAUGAGCAGAACCCGUGUGACCCGGACAUGCCUGGCGACCCCACGUCGGCGCACUUCCAGCGCAGGGAGGACAGACGCUUCGUGGUGGGCGGGCACUGCAAGGGCGGCGCCUCCAACUUCCAGUUCCAGAACAGGCAAAGACAGUUAUAGCACAUGCAGGGGAGUUGGCUGCAGCAGCAGCAGCAGCAGGUCAGGCUGCUAGGCGAAAGUGUUCGUUGUGGUUUUGGAGGGGACGGGGUGAAAGUCCAAGGGGACGUGGUAAUUUUGUGCCCUAGCCUGAAGAUGGAGAUAAAAUAGAUGCGAAGCGUCCAACCAGGGCUGUCGUUUCAACAAUAAGCACCCUGAGCUGUCGAAUGGAAAAAAAAAAUUACCCUGAGGGCCUUGUGUUGGAAUUUUAACUUCCCUGAUUUCUUAGUGUUCUGGAACUUACAACCCUGAAACCUCCAGGGUUGGCUAGCCACAAACAGGG